GGUUGUUUACCUUCUUUUGUAGGUGAACAAGGCAAUGUAGCCAAACCAUCUCUUGAUUUCAAAGAGGAACUUGCUCAACUUGAAAAGGCUGUAGCUCCUACUAAGGAUUUGAACAAGGAAUUGAAAAUAACUCAAGAUGACAAGGAGGUUGAAAAUCAAGGAAUUGAUUUUACAAAGCCAAAUAGUAAUGAGAAUAAUAUUGAUUUAAUGCUUGAUGAUUUUGAUGAUGAGUUGGCUUUGUUUCAUAGUACUUGUUCUAAUUUCCUAUUCACUUGUGAUUGUUCACAUGAUUCUCCAUGCCCUAUUUGUUUAGAAAUUAAUUCAUUUGUGCUUGAAAAUAGUAGCAAUCAUUUACUUGAUAAAAUAAUUGAUGAUGUAUGUUUGAGUGAAAUUAAUCAUGAGUGCACUUCUUUAGAACCCAAUAUGCUUGAGGAAGGGUUCUUUGUUGAUUUUAUAGGUCUAAAUGAUGAUAUGGCCAAGAACCCCCAUGUACUUAGAGGAUUUAUCAUUGCAAUGGAAGAGACCUUGGCUAACCAUGAAGAUGAUCAACCACAUAAAGUUAUGAAAGAUUCUACACCAUACAUCUUGGAGCCAUUACAAAUUGAUCUUGAGCCUCCACCUAAGAUGCUUGGAAUGAAGAUGAUAAUGAGUAGCUUCAUGUUACUCCUCAAAGAUGAAAAUUUCAACUUCAAGAGCUUGUGGAGAUUUAAACUAGGUGGCAUGUGACUUGUGCAUCAAUUGGGCAAUUGAGGUCAACACUCCUUGAGGUCAAUGGCUGAUGGUUUGCACGUGAAUUAUGAUUAUUUUGAGAGGUUAAAUCAGCUAAAAUGAUGUGGAUGACACAUGGGAAAUUAGGCACACAUUGGAAUCAUCUACAAACCAAUAGGAAGUUGCCACCUUGCAAGUGUGACAAGGCUCCCAUUUACAUUUUAAUUUCUUUUUCCUUAUUUUAAUUAAGCUUCAGCUGAUGGGAGACACCAAGGAGCACGCCAUUUUAAGCCUCAAAUGGGAUCCAACACAUAUCUCAUUCAUCUUCCACAUUCUCUCUCUCUUGUUCAUAGUGUUCUUCAUUUUCUCUCUUUUGUUCUUCAUUUUCCAGCACCCUAACCUCCAUUUUCAGCCACCAAACC